AUGACCGCCAGCGCGAGCGGCGGCCAGGGCUGCGCGCUCUCCUCGCUCUACGUAGGUGAUCUGCACCCCGACGUCACCGAAGCCAUGCUUUACGACAUGUUCUCCCCCGUCGGCCCCAUCCUGUCCAUCCGCGUGUGUCGCGACGUGACCACCCGGCGCUCGCUGGGAUACGCCUACAUCAACUUCCAGCAGCCUGCAGAUGCGGAACGAGCACUGGACACAAUGAACUUUGAGGUGAUUAAAGGUCAACCCAUCCGCAUCAUGUGGUCCCAUCGAGACCCUGGACUUAGAAAGUCAGGAAUGGGCAACAUCUUUAUCAAAAAUUUGGAGAACUCCAUUGACAACAAAGCUUUAUAUGAUACCUUCUCCACCUUUGGGAACAUCCUCUCUUCUAAGGUGGUGUAUAACGAACAUGGCUCCCGGGGCUUCGGCUUUGUGCAUUUCGAGACCUAUGAGGCUGCGCAGAAGGCUAUCAGCACCAUGAACGGGAUGUUGCUAAAUGACCGCAAAGUCUUUGUUGGCCACUUCAAGUCUCGACAGAAGCGGGAGGCAGAGCUUGGGGCUCGAACCGUGGGAUUCACCAACAUCUAUGUGAAGAACCUUCACGUGGACAUGGAUGAGCAGGGCCUGCAGGACCUCUUCUCCCAAUUUGGAAAGACACAGAGCGUGAAGGUGAUGAGGGACAUCAGCGGCCAGUCCCGGGGAUUUGGGUUUGUCAACUUUGAGAAGCAUGAGGAAGCCCAGAAGGCUGUGGACAACAUGAACGGCAAGGAGGUAAACGGGCAGCAGCUGUACGUGGGCCGGGCCCAGAAGCGGGCAGAGCGGCAGAGUGAGCUAAAGCGCAGGUUUGAGCAGAUGAAGCAGGACCGGCAGGGCCACUACCAGGGUGUGAACCUCUACGUGAAGAACCUGGAUGACUCCGUCAAUGAUGAGAAGCUGAGGGAAGUGUUCUCUGUCUAUGGAGUUAUCACCAGUGCCAAGGUGAUGACCGAGAGUAACCACAGCAAGGGGUUUGGCUUUGUGUGCUUUUCCUCUCCAGAAGAGGCGACCAAGGCCGUGACAGAGAUGAACGGGCGCAUCGUGGGUUCCAAGCCGCUGUAUGUGGCGCUGGCGCAGCGCAAAGAGGAGCGGAAAGCCAUCCUGACCAGCCAGUACCGGCGGCGCCUCUCCCGCCCCGUCCUGGGCUCCUUCCAGCAGCCCGCCAGCUACGUGCUGCCCUCUGUGCCCCAGUCUGCAGCACAGGCUGUGUACUACGGCUCUGGCUCCAUGGCUCCCAUGCAACCUGACCCAAGGUGGACAGCCCAGUGUUCUGGACCUUCAUCCACCUGUCCUCCAGCUGCCUCAGUGGUUCAGCCACCACCAAGCAUGCCUCAGCACCCUGGUGCUCGCCUCAGCAGUACCAGGCAGGCCUCCACCCAGGUGCCAUGCCCAGUGUCCCACACACAGAGAGUGGCCAACAUUGGUACCCAGACCACAGGACCAGGCAGGGAGGGAUGCUCUGUACCAGGCCAGCCUCUCCUGCCAUACAGAGGUUCCUCAGCGGUAUACAGUGCCCAUGGGGUUCGGGAGCAGGCUGUGUAUGUCCCUGGCCAUCAGCCCCUGACUGCGUCCAUGCUGGCUGCGCUACCCCCGCACGAGCAGAAGCAGAUGAUUGGGGAGCAUCUCUACUCCCUCAUCCACGAGGCUUACGCCCCGCUGACUGGCAAGAUCACGGGCAUGCUGCUGGAGAUGGACACCUUGGAGCUGCUGCUCUUGCUGGAGUCUCCAGAGUCCCUCCAUGCCAAGGCAGAAGAGGCGGUGGCGGUGUUGCAGGAGCAUCAGGCCAUGGAGUCGACAGAAGGCCACAAGAGCUGAGAGCGGUGGGUGACCAGAGGCGGGAGGACUGGUGACAAGAGCAGCUGAGCUCAGGAGAGGCUGUGGAGAACCAGACAGAGGCUGCCUUUCAGAAACUCACCGUGACAUGCCGCUGGCUUUGUCUGAAGCACCAAGGGGUGUGUCACAGGAGACAAAAUGACAUUGCGGGACUCAGAGUAAAGGAUGUGCUCUCUUUUGCCAGCGGCCCACCCUGGCCUCUGUGAGCAUUGUCCAGCUCCAUUCUGCCUGUCUGGAGUCUUGGCCUAGGGUGGGCUACCUUACCUUCUUAGCUAAAGACUGAGUGUCUUCCAUAGCUUAGAAACUUUUUUUUUUUUCCUUCCUCCUCCCAAAAUGGAAUCCUUACUCCCUGGCUGCCAAGACUACAGCCUUUCCUGUUCUCAGCUCUGAGGCCCUGUGACUGUUAACUUAUUUCCUGAUUGAUUUGUGUCUGUACUUGAGCUCUGGCUACAGAAUGAAGGCUGGCCACAGAACUCAUUACUUACUUUUGCUUUGUAUAUUAAAGUUCUGCAAAAUCCA